UCUGAUAUCAAUAUCUAUAUAUACAUAUAUAUAUACACUCGACAAUGGACACCAUAAAGAUGGACACGGACGCGAACGCUUCUGCCGCCACCACGGAUGCCCCAGUCAUCGGGGCGGGCGGCACGACCAGGGACAGGAUCCAGAAUUUCCUGUCCCCCAACCAAAUCGAGGUCUUCAGUGACCAGUCCCUCGUCUGGGACUUUGACGACUGCGAGACCCUUGAAGAACAGUUUGACUGCGGACUCAAGGGUCUCGAACAACUCCGCAGCGAGGUGGUGGAGGCGACCCGGGAGGGCAACCAGCGUGCCCUCAUGGACACCGUCACUGCAUCCAAGGAGCUGCAGGACCUGAUGGCGGGUCUGGCGGGCGAGGCUGAGCAGACAGCCAUCGACAUGCUCGCGCUCAAGGUCCAGGAGUCAAGAAUAAGACUUGAGCCCUGGAAGGACGCCGUCGCCGUCGCGGACAAGUGGGAGGGUGUCGCCUGGAAAGUCGCCAAGCGCCACGACGACAUGUUGGCGCAGCUGGACGCGGCGCUGCUGCUCAUGGAGAAGCAGUGCGUCUUCGCCAAGCUCUGCUGGAGCUCCUUGUCGUGGGAUGCCAGACGCGUCUUCUGCGCCGAACUCGGUGGCCUGCCGCAGGGAGCGCUGUGGUCUGACGGCUUCAAGGCCGAACACUUUCAGAAGCUGCGCUCGGACGACAACAUGUGGUCUGUUCGGAUGAAGUGGACGGCCUAUAAAGGAGCGACUAGACUGCCCCGGUAUAUCUUCCUGGAUAGUAGACGCAGCGGCGGCAAAGAGCAGACGCUGGUCCUGUGGGCCAAGGUUGAUCCUGCGGCCUCGGGCGAUGUGGAGCGUGUGCUUGAGGUCGAGGUUCGGCUACGGAAUAGACUCUUAUCGAAUCUCCGGGUUGAUGCUGCUUGGUUGUUUAGGAUGAUGACUUAUUGA